AUGUGGUUUUCAUGCGUGACUUUUGGUGCAGUGGCCACUUGCGUUGUGAUAUUCAGUUUGUGGGACAAAUUCCAAACGUACCCAACCAUAACCGGCUUGGACACGGAUUUCCAUAACUGGAAAGUGCCGUUUCCAGCAGUGGCUGUUUGCCCUUUGGAGCCGGCCGGCAUGGAAAAUAUUCGAGAGUUUUUGGGUUUUUCGGCCGACGAUACGGGUGUUGAAACUAAUGAAAUUGUCGAGUUUUACUUCGAGAUGAGCAAAUUAUCCUUGAAUACAGUGAAGGGAUUUGCUGAGAGAUACCAUAAUGGGAUUCCGAAGCAGUUUAACCAAUCGACUGAUCUUCGGGGACUCACUUUGAAGCUUCUUCGUAAAUGUGACAAGCUGUUUGAGUCGUGCAAAUUUAAGGACGAAGCCAUCAACUGCUGCAGUGUAGACUCUCAAAGCUUUCAGCCAGUUUUGACCGAAAAUGGACUAUGUUAUGCGUUCAAUUCCAGGCAUUUGGAAGCAACCAGUAGCCGGGACGUGAAAUUUAAUAUGCAAUACAUUAAGGAAACGGACAUUAAAUGGUCGCUGGAGUUUUCCGUGAACUCCCAACAACUUUUGGCUCCGAUCUACAUAAUCAAUUCAGAUGAUUUUAUUGGGAUCGAUGUGCAGCCGCAGCUGGUUUGGGAUUGCAAAGUGGAUCGAAUAGCGUUUUCCUUCAAGCAAACGUACACAACUGAAGACACCAGGCAAUUGUCCAUCAAGCAGCGCAAGUGCAUCUUUGAGGACGAAGUCAAGCUUAAAGUUGACUGGAUUUACACGUACACAGCAUGCACGAUCGAGUGCAGAAUGGAGACGGCAAAAAGACGUUGUGGAUGUGUUCCCUUUUUCUAUCCAGAGAUUGCUGGGUUUGACUACUGCGACUUGUCAUCGUUACACUGCAUAGCCGCCCAUUUGGCUGAAAUCCGCGACAUUAGCAAAUGCAAUUGCCAAUUGGGGUGCAAAAACACCGUCUAUGAGGUGGAAACGCAAAAAACCAAAGAGGCAGAUUCCACUCUAAACCGAAUCGAAAUCGGUUUUGUCUCCUGGCCGAUGGUACGAUACAAAAGGGAGGUCCUUUUUGGAUGGGUGGAUUUGCUAGUGUCUUUUGGAGGAAUAGCCGGCUUGUUUCUCGGCUUCAGUCUACUAUCCGGAGUGGAAAUUCUCUAUUAUUUCACCAUAAGAGCAUGCAUUGCCUCUUGGAGGGAGCGGCGUUAUUUAGACAGAAUGCGAAAGGAGAAGCGAGAAAAACCGCAGCCCAUGCACGAUCUGAGCCUGAUUCCCUAUUUCGUAUCCAGGCCUCUGCCUGGAAACGGUAUCGACAUUGUGGCUUCCAGGCUCGUGAAGAGGAAUGCAAUUUAUCCCGGCAAAAAUAAGUUGCACAAUACUAAUCCAAUCAUGAUAUCAAUGAUGCCGCCGUUUGGCAUCGAAUUUCUGCACUAACUUAAACUGAAUUAAUUUGCGGGA